UCUGAUGUUGAAUCUAUGAAAGUACCAGGAACUCAUGUAACACCAGGUCACGUUCCGUUCGGUUGUCUCAAGUUUCAGCUCCUCGGUCCUCCGCCUUCGCCUAGACGGACACCCCGCCUUUUGACAGCACAAGCUCUAGUUUCCAGCUCCGAUUCCAUACAUUACUGGACAUCAUAUUUACAGUAGAUGUGAGACCCUGAUCUCCGUCGUUGAGCAUAACGCUACUUAAGGUGGCUGCCCCGCAACGAACUAUAACCUGAGUUGACUUCACAUGCUCGUCCAUUUAAGUUUAUAAGAGCGUCCUUCGUCCGUUCUGACUGAUCACUGUCAUCCUUUAUCCACUUUCAGAAAACGUAUCAUCCUCUCGUGUUCACUGCUGGUCAGCCCGGGACGUCGGACGGAUAUCCUUGCAGAAGCCAGUCUUUGUCUUACCUUGGCUGACGGAGCUACAUAUGCGUCUUUAACUUUGCCUCUCUUGUCUGACAUUCAAGAGGACGAUACUAACUCAUAUCUCUCAUAUUUCCCUCCUCUCUUUCUGUUCCCUUCUGCUCGGGAUUUUUACCACACCGUCAAAUCCAAACCCUCUAUCCAAGAUGUCCACAUUCCUCGAAAACCGCUCUCCCGUGACCCUCGGUCUCCUCGCCCUCACCUCCCUCUACACCAUCUACCACCUCACCCUCUACCUCAUCACCGCCCACAGACGAAACCUCAUAUCCCGCAAACACAACUGCCAACCCAUCCCGGCCUACCCACACAAAGACCCCAUCUUCGGACUCGACCUCUUCCUCGAAAACUCCCGCGUCAUCAAACUCGGGCAAUUCCUCCCCGCCGUCCAAGCGCGCUACACCCUCCUCAACGCCCACACCUGGAGCCAGCUCUUCCUCGGCGAGCGCGUGAUCAACACCGCCGAGCCCGAGAACAUCAAGGCCAUCCUCGCGACGCAGUUCAAGGAGUUCGAGCUGCCUCCCCGCCGCAAGGUCGCGUUCCACCCGACGUUCGGGCAUGGCAUCUUCACCACCGACGGGAAGGAGUGGGAGGCUAGUAGGGCGCUUUUGAGGCCGAAUUUUACAAGGAGUCAGGUCGGGGAUUUGGAGACUUUUGAGGGCCAUAUCGGGAAGUUGAUUAGGCGGAUUCCGAGGGGUGGGGAGACGGUGGAUUUACAGGAGCUGUUUUUUAUGUUGACGAUGGAUUCGGCGACGGAGUUCUUGUUUGGGACGAGUAGUGAUGUGCUUGGGCUCGGGAUGAGCGGGCAGAGGGAGAAGGGGUUGAAGUUCCAGGAGGCGUUUACGUAUAUUACUGAGCGCGUGGGGUUGCAGUCUAGGUUGGGGAAGUUGGCGACGCUGUUGCCGGAUAAGAGGAUGGAUGAGAGUAUCAAGUUUGUGCAUGAGUAUAUUGGGCCUUAUAUACGGAAGGCGGUUGAGAUGAGAAAGUCGGGGUUUGAGGAGAAGGAGAACACGGAGGAGGGGAGGGCGAGAUAUGUGUUUCUUGAACAACUCGCCAAGCAGGAUCUUGGGGAGAGGAAGACUCAGGAUGAGUUGUUGAAUAUUCUACUUGCGGGAAGAGAUACGACGGCGAGUCUGUUGAGCUAUCUUUUCUACACAUUGGCGAGACGAAAGGACGUUUUUGAAAAGUUGAAGGCUGAGGUCGACGCGUUGGGAGGUGAGCGGCCAACUUUCGAGCAGUUGAAGGCUAUGAAGUAUUUGCAGUACGCGAUGAACGAGAGUGAGUUGUUUCCCCUUACCUUCCCCGUCAUUUUAACAUCCAACGUAACUAACGUAACCCUUUCCAUCCAGUACUUCGACUUCACCCCAUCGUCCCAGCCAACAGCCGAAUAUGCGUCACCGACACCACCCUCCCAGUCGGCGGAGGCCCAGACCAUAAAUCCCCCGUCUUCGUCAAGAAAGGAACACAGAUCAAUUACCAAGUCUACGUGAUGCACCGCCGGAAAGAUCUUUACGGUGAAGAUGCGGAAGAAUUCAAACCAGAGAGAUGGGAGACGUUGAGACCUAGGUAAGCUUCCUUCUUCAUUUCCUCCAAAACUGAGUUCUCACAACCCCUCUCCCAAAACCGCCCAAAACAAACCUCCAGUUCCUCGACUCCGUAAAGUCACGAAUCCAAGCUAACAACGCAACACAGCUGGCAAUACCUUCCCUUUAACGGCGGUCCUCGUAUCUGUAUCGGCCAACAGUUCGCCCUUACGGAAGCAGCGUUCACAACUGUAAGGUUAUUACAAGCUUUCAAGGGUGUGGAGCCGAGAGAUGAGGCACCGUUUGCGGAUUUCUUGACUUUGACGGCGGCGGUGAAGGGAGGUGUUAAGGUAGCUAUGAUUCCUGCUUGAGGGAGGGUGAGGUUGAGUAUGGAGGAGUGAAGGAGAGAGGGGCGAAAAGACAAGUUAUGGAAUCAGAGAUGGAUGUGGGGGAGUUUGGCGUUUGAUCGAAUGGCUGAGCUAGGUGCCGGGAUUUUGAUGUCAAAUGAUAUGUGUCCAUAGCCCAUAGCUAUAUAAAACCUCCACAUCUGCUA